UAUUUUGAUAUGCUAACGAAUGUUCUUUAGUGUAGUGUUAUUUUACGCUUUCAAUGGCUUUGGCGAGAAUAUCUUGUAAUAAAGUCUUCAGAGGAACGAUUUCUCAAAUGAGUUUAAACCAUAGAUAUGCACAUGCUAUAAAAGCACAGGCAUUGUAUAGCACCACAACUCAGGAUGAAAGAACAAACGCGGGUUCAGCUGCAGGUGGUACUGUGAUUUCUGAGAGGAGGGGUGUAGUGAUGCUUAUUGGGAUUAACAGACCUGAAGUGCGUAAUGCAGUAAAUCAGGAGACAGCUCACAGAUUGACAGAAGAGCUGUCAGCCUUUGAUCAAGACAACAACCUUAAAGUGGCCGUGCUUCAUGGAGUCGGUGGGAAUUUUUGUGCUGGUUAUGAUCUGAAGGAGUUGGCCCAGAGCGCCGGUUCCCUCAAACUGGAGCAAGAUGUCUGCCGUGGUCCUGGCCCUAUGGGUCCGUCCCGUCUGAGGCUCUCUAAACCCUUGAUUGCAGCAGUUAGCGGGUUUGCCGUGGCUGGAGGUUUGGAACUGGCCCUACUGGCGGACCUCAGGGUGGUGGAGGAGAGCUCUGUCAUGGGGGUCUUUUGCCGCAGAUUUGGUGUGCCAUUGAUCGAUGGAGGAACUGUGAGGUUGCCACAGUUAAUUGGUCUAUCACGUGCUCUAGAUCUUAUCCUUACCGGCAGACCUGUGAAGGCACAAGAGGCUUUGACUUUUGGACUGGCAAACAGAGUGGUGCCCGAUGGUCAAGCACUCCAAGUGGCACUUGAACUUGCUGAACAGGUCAGCUCAUUUCCACAGCGUUGUCUUCGUGCCGACCGUAACUCUGCCUACCAUGCUGUCUUUGAUGCCACCUCAUUCACACAGGCCAUGCAGUACGAGAUGGACCAUGGCAUUCCAGUUAUUCAAGCUGAAGCAAUUACCGGAGCAACCAAAUUCAGUUCAGGCACUGGGAGAGGGGGAACAUUCACUUCAAGUAAAUUGUAAACAGUCAAAUAAUUAUCAAACAUUUAAAGGAAUAUACUUCAGUUUAAUUUGUUGUUUUAAAGAUCAUACUGUACAACAGGGUCUUCAAUUAAGUGGCUUCUAAUAGAACAAGAUUGAUACUAUUAAUAUCAAAAUAUUAUACUAGAUUAUUACUAAAAUGAGAUGUCAAACUACGGUAAAUAUGACAAUAUUUUGUGAAAUUGUGAGUGGUUUUUGCCUCUGCCUAACUCAUAUUUUAAAUGGUUUAUAUUAAUCAACAGACAAAACUGUUAAAGUGGUGAGAUUUUAAUAAUGAUUUAUAAUUUGAGCUGUUUGGUAUGAUUUGAUGGGUACUUUCUGUUUGACUUCAACCAAUGUAAAAACAAUUUGCAACUUAGUUUCAAAAAGAGAUUAUAGAGGCAAAAUGUACAGAUUGUAGCUAAAAUAUUGUCGCUCAAACAAUCAAAAUAAAUGAUAGAUUUAAUCAAAAGCUUUGGGUGAUAGGACUUUUUUGUACACAUUUAGCUGAUACUCUUUUACACAAAUUAUAACAGGUUUAGUACUUAUGCAGAAACCUGAGGUUGUGUCCUGAUCAAACACACAAUGAUCAUUUUCAAACCAGCAAUUCUCUGAAUACGAGCACUUAAAGGCUGAUUUGUCAAAACCUCAUAAUCAACAUGAAGGCACUA